AUGAAUAAAGAUAAUGUAUCAAUAUGGUUAAACCAAUUUAAAUCUAAUUGGUUACCUCAAACUAUUUCAAAUGAUACGCAAUUACUUCAAUUAAUAACAAAUAAAAUUAAUGAACUUGAACAAUUGCUAUUGCAAAAUAAUCAAAUUGAAAGUGAAUCAUCAAUUGAAGUUAUUUAUCAAAGUGCUAUUUCGCCUGAUAUACAAGAAUUUAUUCCUUUAAUACAAGAAGAACAAACAUCUGAGAGUUGUUUAUUGACAUCCUCAGAUAAACAUAAUCACAUUGAUGUUGAUAAUGGAAAACGAGAAAAUAUUUGUCGACCAGCUAUUCGUUUAAAACGUAUUUCAUUAGCUGAAGCUGAACUUUAUUUGCCAAUAGCAUGGAAAACUACAAAACCAAAACGUAGUCGAAAGAAGAAAAAACGAAGACUUUCAAAAUUUAGUUCCAAUGGAAGAAAAACUAAAAAAAAUGCUCAAACAAAUAAAAUACUUUUAUCCGAAACACAACCCGAUGAAAUUUCAAAUAGUUCAAAACAUAAACAAAAAUCAACUCGAUCAAAAAAAUUUAAUGAACAUCCAUCAACAUCAUCUAUUGCAAGUAUACAAUUAAAUAAUGAUAAUAAAAAGAAAACUAAACGAAAAUUACGUGCAAUAGAUGCUGAAGAUGAUGAUUUAUAUACAUUGGGAAAUAUAUCUCAAAUAGAUACAUUAAAUGAUGAUACUAAUUGUGAACAAAUACCACGUUAUAUUGGACAAAAUGGUAUAUUAUCACAAACACGUAAAUUAAAUGAUACAUCAAUGAAUAUUGUUGAUGAUGAUAUUACAAUGAAAUUAUCAACAAAAAAAUCAAAUAAAAAUAAAAAUAAAAAUUCUUCAAAUAAUACAAAAACCAAAGAAACAUCUAUAUGUGAAUCAUUAACUAUUAUUGAAGAUGUUGGUUUAAUUCAUCAACAACAAAAUUCAAAAGAUAUGACUGAAAAUGAUCAUGAAUCAUUAUUUGAUUCACUUAAUAUAACAAAUGAUAGAACAUUUGAUACAAGUUCAACAACAAUAAAUCAAAGUUCAAUUAUUAAUUAUAAUGAUUGUAUUGAAGAUAUAUCAAAUGAUGGUAUUGAUCCUCCUCUUCCAACAUUAUCAUCAACUAAUAUAUCACAUUUUUUAACAACAUAA